AUGACAUUAGUUCUGGGAUUGAAGACUCUGUGGUUUCUGGCGUUCUCCUCACUUUCCCACACACUGGCAGUAAAUAACAGUGGGAGAUGGUGGGGAAUUGUAAAUAUUGCGUCUUCCUCGAAUCUAUUGACCGACUCGAAAUAUGUCCAACUGGUUUUGGAUCCAAGCUUGCAGCUGCUGAGCAGAAAGCAGAGGAAACUGAUCCGCCAGAACCCGGGCAUAUUGCAUAGCAUCACAGGAGGGCUGCAGAACGCCAUCAGAGAGUGCAAAUGGCAGUUCCGCAGUCGACGCUGGAACUGUCCAACAUCUCAAACUCCCAACAUCUUCGGCAAGAUCGUCAACCGAGGCUGCCGUGAGACGGCCUUCAUUUUCGCUCUGACCAGUGCGGCAGUAACUCACUCGGUGUCCCGCUCGUGUUCUGAGGGCUCCAUCGAGUCGUGUACGUGCGAUUACCGACGGCGGGGACCCGGCGGAGCGGACUGGCACUGGGGUGGGUGCAGUGACAACAUUGAUUUCGGCCGCGUCUUCGGCCGCGAGUUCGUGGAUUCGAGCGAAAGGGGAAGAGACCUGCGCUAUCUGACCAACCUGCACAACAACGAGGCUGGCAGACUGACAGUCCAUGCCGAGAUGAGACAGGAAUGUAAGUGCCAUGGAAUGUCUGGCUCUUGCACCGUUAAAACCUGUUGGAUGCGGCUCCCCACCUUUCGGACAGUGGGUAACUUGCUCAAAGACCGGUUUGACGGAGCCUCCCGAGUGAUCUACAGCAACAAAGGCAGUAACCGCGCCUCCCGGGCAGACAUGCGACACCUGGAGCCCGAGAACCCUGCUCACAAGCCACACUCUCCCCAGGACCUGGUCUACUUCGAGAAGUCGCCCAACUUCUGCACAGCAAACAGCAAAAUGGGCACCACAGGUACGACGGGCCGAGCCUGCAAUAACACCUCGCUGGGCUUGGACGGCUGCGACCUGCUGUGCUGUGGGAGGGGAUUCCGUACUCUGACCCAAAGGGUCACCGAGAGGUGUCACUGCACUUUUCAUUGGUGCUGCCAUGUUAGCUGCCUGAACUGUACGACCACACAAACUCUGCACGAGUGCCUUUGA